UUGCGCUCGAGGAGACAGUGUUGAUCACCCGGUCAGUGGGGAGAAGAGUGUCCGUGGAUAACAUCAGCAUGUCUGUGGAAAAACUGGACAAGAGGAAGACCAUAGACCUGAGGAAGAAGUUCAUUGGGCCCUCUUGUAAGAUUUUCUUCAGCCAUGACCCUAUCAAGAUUGUUCAAGCGAAAGGCCAGUACAUGUAUGAUGAAAAAGGCCAACGCUACUUGGACUGCAUCAACAACGUGGCCCAUGUGGGCCACUGUCACCCAGAUGUGGUGAAAGCAGGCGCUCAACAGAUGGAACUCCUCAACACAAACUCACGUUUCUUGCAUGACAACCUUGUUCUAUAUGCUCAAAGGCUGCAGGCCACGCUACCUGACAAACUGUCUGUCUGCUACUUUGUCAACUCCGGCUCCGAAGCCAAUGACCUGGCUCUCCGUCUGGCAUGGCAGUACACAGGGCACAAAGAUAUCAUCACCCUUGAAAAUGCGUACCACGGCCACGUCUCGUCGCUUAUUGACAUCAGCCCGUAUAAGUUCCACCAGCUGUCGGACGUUGAGCAGAAUCCAUCUGUCCAUGUGGCUGCAAGCCCAGAUGUGUACAGAGGCAAAUACAGAGCAGACCACCCUGAUCCUGCCAAAGCAUAUGCUGGUGAAGUCAAAGAUAUAAUCCACAAAGUCCAGGACAAAGGAGGCAAGAUUGCUGCUUUUAUUGCUGAGUCAUUGCAGAGCUGUGGCGGACAGGUCAUUCCCCCCGCGGGUUACUUCCAGCAAGUAGCAGAACAUGUUCGAAAAGCAGGAGGCGUUUUCAUUGCUGAUGAGGUCCAAGUGGGCUUUGGCCGUGUUGGUACUCACUUCUGGGCGUUCCAGCUUCAGGGAGACGACUUUGUGCCCGACAUUGUUACAAUGGGAAAGCCUAUUGGUAACGGUCACCCCAUGUCAUGUGUGGUCACAACGAAAGAAGUGGCACAGGCCUUCAUGUCAUCUGGAAUGGAGUAUUUCAAUACAUUUGGUGGUAACCCGGUCUCAUGCGCCAUCGGUCUGGCAGUCCUAGACGUGAUUGUGAAAGAGGAUCUCCAGGGUAAUGCAUUGCGUGUGGGGGGAUACCUAACCAAUCUGCUGGAAAAACAGAAAGACAAGCACCCACUGAUCGGGGAUAUCAGGGGUCGUGGCCUUUUUGUUGGGUUGGAGCUUGUAAAAGAUAGGUGCAAGCUCACUCCUGCUACAGCAGAGGCCCAAGAAAUCAUAUAUCAACUAAAGGAACAGCACAUCCUUCUUAGUGCCGACGGACCCCAUCGUAACGUGCUCAAAUUCAAGCCCCCGAUGUGUUUCAGCACGGAGGAUGUUGACUUGGUAGUGGAUAAAAUCGACCACAUUCUCACAGAACUUGAAGAAGCACUGGGUUUGAAGUUUCCCGACAAACUGAAUGUAGAAAAUGACGGAAGUAAAAGAAAGCUUCCCAGUGAUGAAAAUGAACAUCUGUGUCACAGUGGCUUAAUAUACACCAAAGGGAAUAAUCCAGGAGUCACUAAACAAACCAAACGUCUUAAGACAUAAUACUGCAUAUGAAUGGAAUCUGCCCUGACAUGACCCACCACUUUCCUUGAACAAAUACUCUCAUACAGGGUGGAAAACUCUGAAAUGUCAGUAUUAUGAAAAACUUGACAUACUCACAAAACCUGAAUACCCUCUCAGGUAUUAAACAUUACAUCUAGUGAGUGUGACUUUAGCAUAAAGUCCAUGUUUAAUAUGGCUUUACUAUGGUGCAGAAACUAUCAAAUCUAUAUCGACUAUCAAAUCUAGCUUUUCUAAUAAGCAUUUUUGAUUUUUGCCAAAAUAUAUUUGACAAUGACUUUCAGGGAGUUUUGAUUUUAAAAUUAAAAUGUCAAUAUAUUUUGCCUUUUUAUUCACUUUGUUUUGUGUCUUUUCUCAGUGUAAUUGUAAAUAUAAAAUCAUGUGUACAAAUUGCAGUUAUGGAAUAAUCCUGUUGUGCUAAAUAAAAGGUUAUAUGAUGCUUGGUUGAUGCAUAUAAGGUUAGAUCCUCUGUGUUGUAAAAGAGGAUCUAAUAAUGUUGUUAAUAAUGUUAUUUCAGAAAUGUCCUCAUGAAGUUGAAAAGUAGCUAUACCAAGUGCUCAAAGGUCCAAAAACAACUCAUCUCAUCCCACUCUACCUCAGCCAAACAAACAUACACAUUGUUUGACAAGUCUGCAAUUAUUUACCAAUGUCCUCAUGUUCUUUAAUAACCUGUUUGGAGAUGGUUUGCAUAAGUUGUGCUCGGAUCGAGACAAGCCAUGAGAUGCACUAGAAAGGAAAAUAAAAGUGAAACAGCAUGUCCAGAUAGUGUUAAUAAUGAGAUAGUAUUAAUAAAAGAUAAGACAGCUGGAGUACUGGACACAUGACAGUAAGGUGUUACUUAAUGAAAUAGUGCCUUCUAGUGACUCAGCCUUGAACAACAUCUAAAUGAUUUGACAGUGUUACCAAGUCUGCUUAGGAGCUCAUAUAUUUUCAAGCAACAGUAAAAUUUGAAAAAGAUGAAGAACAGAGUGGGUGAAGGAAGUGAAUGUGGAAAAAAAAAAUGUGACUUUUGACAUAGACCAAAUGCACUGCUGUUUGAAGGAUGAAUGUGUAACUUGUAAAACAUGUAUGCUAGAUGGCAUAACUGAUGUGUGACAGUUAUAA